AUGUGGUCCUAUGAGAGAUCAUUGCACAUAAUGUCCACAGGAUCCCUGAGUGACCAUGAGGACCUCCUGGAGCUGAGAGUGCUGGAACUUCAGUAUCCCAAAUCCAAGAGGACGGGAUGCAGUGAUCUGCUGCUGGACCACUCCACAGACAACUCAGAAGAAGAUGGAGUUGCAGACACUUCCACUGAUAAAAAGAAGAGGGCCUGUCGCAGUCAGCAGAUUCCAGACAAGAAGUCAGCACCCAGGUCAUCCAAAGAUUGCAAGCAAUCCCAGAGAAAUGCAGCCAAUGCCAGGGAAAGAGCCCGCAUGAGAGUGCUGAGCAAAGCUUUCUCCAGGCUAAAGACCAGCUUGCCCUGGGUGCCCCCUGACACCAAACUCUCCAAGCUGGACACCCUGAGACUGGCCUCCAGUUACAUUGCACACCUAAGGCAGCUGCUGCAGGAAGAAGACAGAUAUGACAAUAGCUAUGUGCAUCCUGUCAACCUGGUAAGAAUGAAGCUCCCAUACAGUCAGCACCAGUCGGCUUCACGAGCUGCCACA